AUGAACGGGAAGGGUAUACAGGAAACUCAGGUGGAAGAGAGACCCUACCCUACGUCCCUUGUUCUGCAUGAAAGAAGUCACACGGGAGAGAAGCCCUAUAAAUGUGAGGUGUGUGAUAAAAGCUUCAGGUACAAGCCAAAACUUGCCCUACACUAA